AUGUACAGACAAAUUAAGGUGAAUGUGGAUUAUCGCGGUUACCAACAUAUCCUGUGGAGAGCUACUCCAACGGAUGCUCUUAAAGAGUAUGAGCUUAAUACCGUCACGUAUGGUGUCAACAGCGCUCCUUUCUUAGCUCUAAGAGUAUUACACGACAUCGCUGAUCGUUAUGGUACACAGUCCCCUUCAGUUCAGAAAGCUCUCCGGCUCCAAACAUAUAUGGACGAUAUCUGUACUGGCGCAGCUACAUUAGACGAAGCUCGUGAACUAAAACAUAAUCUCGUCAAGACACUGGAAAAUCAUGGGUUUGAGCUGAAAAAAUGGUCUUCUAGUACUCCAGAAUUUCUUGAAGGGAUUCCAGAAGAGGAUUGCGCCUCAGGCACACUGUCCUUCGACGAUGAAAGUACUGUUAUCCGGGUUUUAGGUCUGAAUUGGAAUUCAGAAGAAGAUUCAUUAGGUUAUGAUUUUAGUUCUAUAAAGUUUGUUCACACAAAACGUGGUGUGCUUUCGGUUAUCGCUAGGAUUUAUGAUCCUUUAGGGUUUUUGUCGCCAGUCUUGUUGUUUGCAAAACACAUAAUGCAGCUAAUAUGGUCAUCAGGGGUAGCUUGGGAUGAUAGACUACCACUUGAGAUUGAGAAAAUAUGGUCACAGUUCGUGUCGGAUUUACCCUCUCUAUCAUUCAUUCGCGUCCCUCGUUUUGUAGAAACUCAGUCGGAAUCCACUUAUAAUCUAUGUGGGUUUUGUGAUGCUUCGAUGCGUGGAUAUGCCGCUCUUAUUUAUCUGCGCAUUGUUCUUACGGGCGGUCAGAUAAAAAUUCAAUUCUUAGGGUCCAAAACCAAGUUAGCGCCACUUCAUGACAUGACAGUUCCUAGGUUAGAACUGUGUGGAGCGGGUCUUCUGGCACGUUGGAUGGCUCGAGUUCGAGAAACGUUAUCGGCUCAGUUAACGAUUUCAGAUUGGUAUGCAUGGACAGAUUCGUCCAUCGUUUUAUCGUGGCUCACCACUCCUCAGGUUUCCUAUACAAUUUUUGUUUCGAACAGAAUUAAUAAAAUCAACCAGUUAUUGCCCGAUUGCAAUUGGUUGCAUGUAUCGUCUGAAGAAAACCCUGCGGAUUGCGCGUCCCGCGGUUUGAAACCAUCAGAACUGAGAUAUCACGAAUUAUUUUGGAAUGGUCCUAGUUUUCUUUCUAAUAGUGCUGAUAGUUGGCCAUCGGAUCUACCGCGGGUUCCUGUUGAACAACUUCCAGAGAUUAAAAUAACUUCGUUGUUAGUUAGCUCUGACCAAAACCACGAAUGGUUUAAUCGGUUUUCCUCCUAUCAACACAUGCUCCGGGUAGUAGUCUGGGUAAGACGUUUUGUGGCCUUGUGUAAAAAGAAACCGGCAUCUCUUGGGACUUUGACGUUCAUUGAAUUGAAUGAAGCCUUAACGGUAGUCGUUAGACAUUCUCAGCUCGUUCAUUUUAAUUUGUUGUAUCGUGAGCUCUCUCGAAAGUCCCAGGUUUCCUCAAAACAGUUAGCUCGAUUGUCACCGUAUCUUGAUUCAGCUGGAAUAAUACGUGUAGGUGGACGGCUGCUUAAUUCUCAAAUGUCGAUUCGUCAGAAACAUCCGAUUUUGUUAGCAAAAACAUCGUAUCUCUCCAUGUUACUGAUACGUCAUUGGCAUAUUUUCUCUUGUCAUUCAGGAACACGCUUAGUUGUUUCUCUCGUUUCGAAACAGUUUUGGAUCCUGUCAAUUCGAAGAGUAGUUGGAAACGAAUUGAAGAGGUGUGUUACCUGUGUUCGGUUAGCAGCUGUUAACCCUCAACCGGUGAUGUCUGAUUUACCGCCCUCUCGUGUCAUACCAUGCCGACCCUUUUCAAAAGUAGGGAUAGAUUUUGCCGGCCGUUUGACUAUGCGAGAACUUAAACUCCGUAAAGCCCGAGAAUACAAAGUCUAUAUCUCUGUCUUUAUUUGUAUGACGGUGAAGGCUGUUCACCUGGAAGUCGUCACGGAUCUCUCAACCCCUGCCUUUCUGGCCGCAUUAGAUAGAUUCGUUGCACGACGCGGCCUACCGACAGAUAUCUAUACAGAUUGCGGUACGAAUUUCGUAGGCGCGUCAAAACAACUCUGUAAGUUUUUCUCGGAGGCGAAAACCCAGGAUCACUUAAGCUCGCACCUCCCAUGCAGUUGGCAUUUCAACCCCCCCAGUGCGCCACACUUCGGGGGCAUUUGGGAAGCUGCGGUAAAAUCUAUGAAGAGGUUAUUAAUACGGGUCGUAGGGGUCCAUACUUUAACAUGCGAGGAGCUCGUCACUGUGAUCUGUCGCAUCGAAUCGGUCUUAAAUUCAAAGCCACUGACACCGUUGUCACCUGAUCCAGGAGACCUGGAAAGUUUAACCCCAGGCCAUUUUCUGAUAGGUCAGCCACUCCUGUGUGUCCCCGAACCCAACAUUUCGGACAAUUCCAGCUGCUUAACCUCAAGAUGGAAGCUCCUCCAUCAGUGUCAUCAGGCGUUUUGGAAAAGGUGGUCCUCUGAAUAUCUUAAUACCCUACAGCUUCGUUUAAAAUGGACCUCCGCUGAUACUCAGCUCAGAGUAGGUGAUCUGGUAUUAAUAAAGGAUAACCUUACAACGCCAUUAGGCUGGCGUUUAGGUAGGGUAAGAAUUACUGCCGGUCCAAGACGAAGUAGUUCGUGUAGUCAAGUUGAUGACCGGACAGGGUACGUUGUUUAG